UCCACAGUUAUUUUUUCAGGCAUGAUGGCGCCAAACGCCAGUAUUCACUUUUAUGUAAAUAUAAUAUUGAUUUGGUGCGUACCGCGAUCAAGCACGAGCGUUCGCCGUACCGCGGCCGGCCGUCGUAAGUAGCCCCGAGUAGCCGGGGUAACGCGCGGACCCGCCGGCGGAGUGAGUAACGGACUGGCCUGUGCCGCCCGCCUGGAAUCGCUAAUGAGGACAUGUUGGUUAGGCUGCCGUGACAGGGAGAGAGAGAGAGAGAGGACGAGGCCGUUACGCACUUGCAGGCAGCAGCCCGUCGGCGUGAACGCGGCGGCUCGGGAGCGCGCACGGCGAUUGCCGGCGGCCCCGCGGCCGGUUUCACGUCCGCUCGCAAUCACGUGCCGCCUCGCGCGCGGAAAUAUAUCCGGCUAAUAGAUCAAUAAUAAGUUCUGAAAAAAAUCUGCUUUCCAGAUAAUAAAUAUAUGGAUAACUAUGUAGGUGCAUACAGUUCACCUGCAUGUGCCACGUAUCACUAGCUUAUUUGGCAUAGUAGAAUGGCACAACGAGGCAAGAGGCAUAGAAACGACAAUGAUCUGGCGUCUUGUCCGGGCGCUAUUAAAAGGCGCAAGUGUAGAUUGGGUCCAGCUGCCACUGGUUCAUCGGCAUUGGCAGCGACCAUGGGGCCCUCAGAAGAGGAGGAAACGAUGGCGUCAUCCAGCCAAGGGGGGGCAUCCUGGACCGCCCGAUCUGUCAGCGAUAUCAAGAUUCCCAGCAUAUACAAUCGAUCAUCCGCCGAAGCUCCGGCGGAGUUAUUUCGCAAAGAUCUGAUCAGCGCUAUGAAAUUACCAGACAGUGAACCGUUAAGUCCAAACGAAUAUUGGGUUAUAACUGAUCAAUGGAAACAGGAAUGGGAAAGAGGUGUUCAAGUACCAGUUAAUCCAGAUUCUCUUCCCGAACCGACGGUUACUGUUACGCAAACGUCUCCUUUGAAGUUACAAACUGAAUUCAAAUUGCCUAAAAAGUUCGUACGAAUAUCUCGUGAUGAUUAUUUUAACUCAGAAGAUCAUCAUUUAAGUACCACUCCAGCAAGAGCAGAGAAAGCUUGUGCUUAUGACCUUGAUGAUACUGAUAUUGCCUGGUUGGAAGUAUUUAAUGGCGAACGAGCACAGGCUGGACAAUUGCCGGUUACAGAAUCGCAAUUAGAACGUGUAAUAGAAGAAUUAGAAGUGCGAUGUUGGGAAAGGAUUCAAACAAUCGUCAAAAACGAGGAAGGGCUCGGAAUUGAAUAUGAUGAAAAUGUCAUUUGUGAUGUAUGCAGAUCGCCGGAUUCGGAGGAGGGUAAUGAGAUGGUGUUUUGUGAUUGUUGCAACAUAUGUGUACAUCAAGCUUGUUAUGGCAUUACUUCGAUACCCGAUGGCUCUUGGUUAUGUAGAACUUGUUCGUUAAGUCAAAGACCCGAUUGUGUAUUAUGCCCUAAUAAGGGUGGUGCAAUGAAGUGUACACGAAGCGGUCAAAAAUGGGCUCACGUUUCGUGUGCACUCUGGAUUCCCGAAGUUAGCAUUGGUUGUGUAGAGAGAAUGGAACCAAUUACAAAAAUAUCCAGUAUUCCGCAAAGUCGAUGGGCCCUAAUUUGCGUUUUAUGCCGUGAACGUGUGGGUGCUUGCAUCCAAUGCAGUAUAAAAACUUGUAAGACGGCGUAUCAUGUUACAUGUGCUUUUAAAUAUGGACUUGAAAUGAAAGCAAUUAUCGAAGAUGAAAUGGCGGAUGAUGGUGUGAAAUUAAGGUCAUAUUGUCAAAAGCACAGUAGAACAAAUACAAAAGACAAAGUCGGCGUUGGGGGUAGUAUGGGAAGUGGUGGUGGAAAGGGAGGAUCAGAUUCCGAGGAUGGUGAAUCUAGACGGCGUAAACGAAAAGAUAUGACUUCUGAAGAAAAAAAUCAAGCACGUGCAGCAAAAUUACAAGAAAUUGAAGCAGAAUUUGAUAAACAUGUUAGUAUAAAGGAUAUUACCUCCCAGCAAUUGGACAUAGAUCCCGACAGUAUUGUAUACAUUUAUAACUAUUGGAAACUUAAAAGAAGAGCUGGUCAUAAUAAACCAUUGUUGGCACCUCGUUGUGGCGAGUUAUCGAGCGCGGGUGCACGCGCUCAGGGUCAGGCAGCAGAUGUAGAGAAAAUGCGUACUUUUGUUCAACUGCGGCAAGAUUUAGAACGUGUACGUAAUCUAUGCUACAUGGUCGGUCGUCGCGAGAAACUUUGUCGCACUUUCCUGAGACUGCGUGAACAGACCUUCCAUAAGCAAGCAAUGGUAAUGGCCGGACCGCCGCUAUCUCCAGCAGCAGCCGUCGCCGUUGUCGAGGCCAAUCACGGACCCUCGAUAUACGAUCGUCUCUACUCCCAUCCCGAUGCUGAGGAUCACACGCACGAUUUUGAAACGAUACUUGCCCGGAUUGCGGGUGUCGAAUCGCCUCCACCAGCAUCGAGCGAUGAAAAGAAGAUACAACCAGACUUUAAUGGCGCAUCCAACAAGAAACUUUACUUCAACGGUUCCGCCAGACGCCUAUAUGGUAGCGAUCUGUCGUCGAUGAGCAGUAGCGAGACAGAUGCGACGAAAUCGGAAAGAAAGGCCGGAAUUGGCAAAUGCACAAACAAAUCUAAAAGUUGAAGUCACGAACGAGUCCGCCAGACGCCUAUAAUGGUAAGCGAUUGCGGACAGUAGGAAAGACGAAAACAAAAAAGGAAAAAAAAAAAAAAAAAAAAAGAAAAAAAAAAAAAAAAAAAAAAAUCUUCCGUUACUAGGCGAAAAUCAAAGAAGAAUACGUCAGAUAGGGGAUCGCGGGUAAAAUUGCGCGACAGCAGCGAAAGCGAUAAACUGGAUACGGUUAACAAAUCGCGUACUUUACAACAUAUGGAGCUUGGCAGUUCUGGCAGUGAGAGCGAUGAAUUGUUGCCAUUGAGUACCAAUGCCGGUUCUCGCCUCGGACCAUCCGUUGCUUCCGCUAUAUAUUCAGACACCGAUUCGGACUCACAAGAACAUCAUUCGCACUCGGCUGUACUUAUCACGAAAGCUGCAGUGAAGGAAUUUUCGGCGGCAGAUAUAUCUAAGAAUAAUCAGAAAAACUUUGCAUCUAAGGAUACUUCAAAAUCGGAAUAUCAGGAUGAAUGUACGAAAAAUAAAGAAAACAUGAAAAAUUCUAAAAAGAAGGAAUAUAUACCAUCCGCUCUGAUAGUUCCGCAAAGGCAAGCAGCGAAGAAAGCAUCGGAAAUUAUGCAGCGAACGCAGAGCAAGAAGGAAAAUACCACGAGCGAGCCCGUAGAGUUUGUAAAAUCACCCGGGGAACCUCUGAAACCGAAUAAAGAGAAGCCUUCUAGCAAGAAACAUCGUGAUAACAAAACACCGAAGGAUGCUAAGAACAAUGACGUUUAUGAUUUUGACAAGGAGUUUGGCGAUGGCACGGAAAUCCUCGCUUAUGUACCGCAACGGCAGGCCGCAAAGAAAGCUGCGGAGCAUAUCAAGAGUGGCAUGGGCACGAAAACUGCUCAACCAGAUCUCGACAUUGCGGACACCAAACCAAAGAAAGAAUUGCCGGAUAAUGGUAAGAAGAAGGAAAUCAUCAAGAAGGAGGAAUCGCCCAAGAAAGAGGAAUUACCAACGAGAAAGGAAGAGCCAUCGAAAGAAAAACGAGGAAAGAAACAGAUGCCCGAAAGCAGCAACAGCGAGAGUAGCAGCAGUGAAAGCAGCAGUGGCAGCAGCUCCUCGGAAAGUAGUAGCGAUUCCGAUGUAGCCAAGAGUCCAGUACAGAAAAUGUCGAACAUUGCUAAGGAACCAGCUUCCUCUUCGACCACCACCAAUGCCACAUCUUCUGAAAGCGAUACCGGUAAUCAAAUGAAGAACAAGACUGUGAAUAAGCGACAGACGGUGAAUAAGGUUGCAGACGAGAUAGUCGAAUCCGAGAAAAAGACUCUUGCGAGGCGGAAACUCAAGAGGCUGCCCGAUAAGAAGCUUAAAACUUCCGACGGGCGGCAUGGACCAGAGUUUCAGCCGCCGCUUAUUGAGAGAGAAGAAUCAAGUAGAGCCACAUUACCUAAAGAGUCACAGCAACAACAACUGCAGCAGCAGCAGUCACUUAGUAAGAAAGCCGAUCAAAGAGACUCCAAAAAAUCAUCCUUACAAUCACAACAGUCAGUUGAACAAAGUGUGCUCGGUGGUUCUCGAGAUAAUGAUGGGCUACGAAGUGUUUCUGGGGCCAAGUCUACCAAGAAAUCGAAUCAAUCAACCAAACAGAUGCAACAACAACAACAACAGCUCACUCUCAGAAACAAAGAAGAUGGCAGCGGCGGCGGAGCAACGUCCAGGACGAAGUCGGAGACUCGCAAACGAAAAUCAAGUGAGGUUACCGCAAAGGACGACAAGAGUAACAAGGAAACGACACCGCUCAAAAAAAUAGAAAAGAAACUAACGGAGAAGACAAACAAGGAAACCGAGAAAGACAACAAACAUGAUGUUACUAGCAAUAAGAAUGUUUCCGCAGAACCUCCAAAAAUUAUUGAGAAUACUACUAAGACAGAAGAUAAAAAAAUCAAGAAAACUAGCAAUAGAAAUGCGAUCAAUACGUUAGAGGAGGAAAUGAAGCAACGACGAGCGGAACGGGACAGUCCGAAGAAGUCAUCGAGGGGAUUGGAUAAGCUCCUGGAAAAGCGCGAGCAUUUAGAUAAACUGUCAAGGAAUAAACUUGCUACUCAGGAAGAGAAAAAUGCAUGCAAGGAAAAUAAAGACAAGAUCACAAUGUCCGAGAAAUCAGUUAAGAACGAAAACAUUAAGAAUCAUAUGAAUGAGGAAAUCGCAGUACUAGAUAUCAUGAAAUUGGAGAAGGAGGAUGUAAAGAGAGAUGUCGAAAUUGCGCCGGAGAAAUCUGCAGAUAAGAAAAAGAAGGCAGAGCAGAAGCUAGAGAGCGAAACGCAGGCUGCCGUUGAGAUGAUCACGAUCGAAGAGAACACCGCUAAAGAGUCCACCAUUGAUAACAUCUGCGCGAGAUCGGUGCUCGACAAAUCCGAAACUGCGAUACCCGAGAAGGAAUGCCAGCAAAAGAGGAGAAAGUCCGUGAAUCGUUCUAUCUUUUCGCCGCAGCAUGGUAGCAAGGAUCCUAGCGAGUCAGAGCUGUUCGACUUCGAUCAAGACAUACUGACUGAUGACAUAGUGAAUGACGAUGGUUUUAGCAUACCGCGCGAUGAGGAACGAGGAGCAGCGCCUCUCUCAUUCUCUUUCAAUAAUGAGCUUUGGUUCAAAGAAGACAAAGAGGAUAGUGCACGUGAAACUCUGCAUCUAGUAGAAAAAUUACGUUUGGAACUAUCGAAGAAAUCGAAUUCUAGUCAGUUCGAAUUGGAAUCCGUUCCGGCGGAAGAGGAACUUCCGAAGAAAGAAGAACCGCCUUUUCAUUCGGUUGAGAAGCCAGCGACCGAGGAGCAGCAGCCACUGCUUCAAGAAAAAGUGGUGGAUGUAUUAGAACAACAAUCGGUGGAACAACAGCCGCAACCAAUUGUGCAGCCGGUUGAGAUGAAGAAUGAUAGCGGGCCAGAACCCGUGCAAGUGUCCGAGGAUCUUACGUGCAAAAAUCAUACUAUUGAAGACAAAAGAAAGCCCUGCUAUUCGAGUAAUAGCAAUAAUGAGCAACAUUACAUGUACGGAAAUGAGGAGCGCGAGACGGCCAAAGUGACAGUGGUGGAACGUGCAAAACUGGAUAGGGCUGAGGCGGAUGAGAGAUGGGUACCGCCGAGCAUGGACAAUUUUAAUCCAAACGAUGUACAUUUGAAUACGCUAAUCGACAACCAGAAUCACCGUUACGCCGCCGCGGCCGCCGUCGCGCAUCAAUUCCCGAACGACAUCAGUGCCGUAAUGCCGGAUCCCACGGCGAAUCCCGACGCUCUAGUCGCGCAUCUGCAACUCAAUAUGAACAUGCAGGAUCAGUAUCUGCAGUUGCAGCAGACACACCCGAUGGAACGGGUGCAGCAGCACCUCGAGGCACAGCAUACCGUAGCACAAGAACAGUCGCGCGUGCAAUCUCUCGCGAUGAUGGAUCAGCAGCAGGUAGCGGCGACUGGUGCAGGAAUAUCGGCGCAGAUUGUUGACGAGAUUACACCCAUGGAGAUGGUGAACCGCCACUUGAUCAGUCUGCCCAACUCGGAGGACUGCGAUCAGAGCAGCGAGAUGGAUCGCGUGCUAGACAAGGAGGAUGUCUCGUCGGACAUCAGGCAGGACUACGCCCAGAGUGGUUCGCCCUACAACGAGCUGAAUGGUCGUCCAGACACGCGAUGGGCCGAAAGCCAAGUGUUGCCUUCGCGUAGAUCUACGUCGUCCUCCAUUACAUCCGCGUCCUCCGCAGAGGAACACGCGGCCAUACCACCUUACAAAAAUGUACCUCCGAUACCACCAUAUCCACCAUGCACGAUAGACGCGACGCCUUACCAUUCGUACUCGGAGACCAGUUCUUAUGCUGCUGGAGCGGUGUCGCUGUUCCCGCCGCAGUCGUGCGCCGCACAAUUGCCGUAUCCGUCGCCAUUCCCACCACCUUUUGGCGCACCUUUCCCGACUCCGCCAUCUCUGUUACCACACGUACCGAAGCCGCUCGAGGAAUCGCUCAAUAUGGCAUCACCGUGCACCGCAGCGUUCACCUCGUCGUCGCAUAACAUGGCGCUUACCGCAGCUAUGGUAUCGCCAACGAAGGUGACUACGCCGCCGCCGUCGGUGCCGGCGCCUCCACCGCCACCAUCAUCGGUAUCGCAACAGCAAUCGCAGCAGCAGCAACCGCCAUCGACGCAGCCGCCAUCCUCGGAAACACCGGGCCAUACACCGUCUUUGCUGCCGCAGCAAGUUAACUCGCCUACCGUACCGACGACCUUCCUCAAUGCCAUCGUUGAAACGCAGGUCAACAGCGAAAAUUCUGUCGUGGAGAAUAUAACGGAGGUACUUGGUCCGGACAACAAGAGUACGUCAUCCGGAAAGAAAUCGCCAUCAAAACCAACGAGAACGUCCGCCAGGGUGACGUCGUUGCAGGGCAAAUCACCUGGUAAAUCGCCGCGUCAGGAAACCACUAGAACCGCACCGACUGCUCGCGGUCGCGGUAGGGGUGCUAAGGGAUCUCAACACUCGAAUUACCGCGGUCGCGGUCGCGGCCGGGGACGGGGACGCGGCCGAAAUAAUCAGAAUGCGUCGAUCGCGAUGAUGCCACCAAUGUCAAACGCGUUGCACAACGACGACUCGAUACAGAACAAGCUUGUAGGCACUGUAUACGACUUUGAUUCGGAUGAUGACUCUGCGAACGAGACCAAUAUCGCGGAUCUACGAACAAUGCGCGAACGAAAAAGAUCCACCGACGUGAACGAAAAGACGCGGAUCAACGAGCCACUCGGAGGCAUGGCAAACGAUGGCGGUAUUCAGUCCCACUUGUCUAGUCCUACGUUGCACACCGCAAAGAAAUACGUCGAUGACAAGAAGCUCUCGUCACCGGCGGCGCAUCACGAUCAUCAAGCUAUUCUGGCCAAGUCCGAAUCGAGCGUUAGCCAUCAAGCAUUCGUCGACAAUACGGUUAUGCCAUUGUUACCGGGUCCAGUGGAUAUGCGUACGUAUAACUCGACGGUGGACCAACCGAGCUCGUCGGUUCACGGUCAGUCAUACGGCAAUCAUUUACUGGGCACCUUCGCUGCGAGCGUAUCCGCAGAAUCGAACUUGCCGGACAUAGACGAUCUGGAGAACGAACUAUUGCACGGCAACUGUUGCGUAUUAAAGAAGCUCGCUGGCAAGCAGCAGCAACUCGCGAGCGGAGUCUUCGAAGAUCCAUGCUCUAAACCAGUCUUUGCUGAUCCGUCAGUGAUGGAUCCAUCAUCCGCAGCUAAUUUUGACACUAACAAAGUUUCCCUGACCGACUCUAGGAACCAGUUGAAGGUGAAGAUCAAAGGCCCAUUCCUCGACGCGAACUACGUGCCGGCAUCGUCGGUACCGCCAUUGGCUCAGCAAGCACCGGUGAUAAUCCCACCGGCCGCCACCAGUGCGUCUGUCGCUUCAGGAACAUCGAAUCUACGUCGCAUGCGUAAGAAGGAGCUAUUGCGCCAGUAUUGCUCGCAGGACAUGAACAUGGAUGAUCCAGUGUGCGGUAGCGUUGCUUCCGCGCCUAUAGUUCAGCCCAUUAAUCGAACAGUCAUUACCAUUCCUAAGGCUGUGGCGUCCAUGACAAGUAUACCGACUCGUGACGACUAUAAAGCGGUCGUCGACGCGAACAUGGAGAAGAAACGGCGGAAAGAACGUAGCGUCGGUGGCGGUAGUGGCAGCAGUGGCUUCGACGUAGUAGCUGGCGAGGAUGAGAGCAGCUCCGACAGAAGACGCCUCGUGGUAGGUACCGUCAGUGAUCGGCGAAGAGGUAGACAGACCAGGCCCACCGCGACCAGCGCCGGUCCGCCCAAGUUGAAGAUCAAGAUUGGCAAUAGCAUAAUCGGUGGUCAGGAUGUAGGCAACAUGCAGGACGAUCGUAGCAGGAUAAGACCGCCGAAGAAACGACUCAGCAGCAUCCCGAGCACACCUAGCAUGGAGGAGCUCCGCCGGGAGAGUAUGAAGUUCCGCAAGAUGAUCAUGGCGGGCUUCGACAACGACGAGAAGACGAAAAGCAAGCGCGACAAGAACGGCAAGCGCAAGAAGCGGCAGUCUAAAAAGGAGGCACGAGUGCAAAUUCUGGAGGACGGUCCGGCACCGCCCAAGAUCAUCAUUCGAUGGCGCACGGUGGCGGGCGCAAACUCGACGGUGACGACGAACAACAACGCCCCGAAUGACGCGCCAGCCAUCGGCGACGAGGACGACAAUCAGCAGCAGGCAUCAUCGGACAAGGACAGCCGGGUGGGUCCACCGCCGCCUGAGCCGACCCACAAGGACGAAGUGGGGAUCUACCCGAUAGGGGAGAGCGGCGUCGACGAGAAGCAGCCUACGGACCCGAACACCGGCGUCGCUGCCCUCGGGAACGUCCGUUCGGCCAAGUUAACGCCGAUCCGAUUAAAACUUACGCGCUGCCAGAAGGGCUACGAACUCAAGGAUCCGGUGCGAGUAGCGAGCAGCGCGAGUGCGGACGACGAUGGUGGUGGUGGUAAUAGUAGUAGCAGUAGUAGCAGCAGCAGCAGCAGCAGUAGUAAUAGUAGUACUAGUGCGACGACAACGACGGUGACGUUGGUGAACUCGGUGGCGCCGUUGCCGAUCGGCGGCGUCGAGCAGGAGGAAGACGAAGAGACGGCGACGACGGCGUCGACGAUGGAACGAUUGUCGGCCGCCGACGUCGUCAUCCCCGUUGCUGCCGCCGCCGCUGAGACGAGGUCCGAGCAAGAGGAGCAGCGGACUCUGUCGUGCACGGAAAAGCAAUCUUCCAAAGAGGAUAUUCCAUUGCUGCCCCAGUCCGCGAAUCACAGCUCAUCGCCGGGCCGUCCGCCCGCACCGCUCCCGCAAGGAUGCCAAGUUAGGUGAUAAUUAAUGAUAAUUGUAUAAUACAGUAAUUUAGUGGUUCUUUCUUAGACGAAUCUAUAUAUUGCACGGGUGUGCGUAUUACGCAUUUAUACGUACGGCACCUCGCUGGGUUGGAGACCCUCUGUCGUGCCUAUGUGUGCGUAAGGUACACUCGUCUAUGCAUACGCAACACAUACACGUACACAUACGACAGAUGUAUAUUGUUCAAUGUUGAGACAGAGACUCGCUAGGGAAAAAACGUUGUAAGAGUGUAAUAUAAAUUAUUGAUUAUUGUAAAUGAUCUGAGGGUGAAGUGAAAUUUCACAAAGUGCCCAAAAUUUACGGUAAAUAUUACAAAAAAGAAAAAAAAACACAGGCAUUUCUCCGGAUGUAUCAGCGACCCGCGCUAAGGUGUACCUUCGUUGCGUAGUCGAAUCCACAUAAAACUCUCGCUUAAGUUUAUAUCUGAUUCUUUCCCUCUAAUAAUGUGGAUCGAGUAAAAUUUUAAUUUUAUAAAUAUUUUUGACGCAAUUAUAUAUAAUAUAUAAUAUAUAAAGAGCAAAGAACAGUCAUGUGACACUUAAUUAUUUGUUUCUUUUUUUUUUCAAAUAUUAAAAAUUCUCUUUUAAAGAAAUCCUGGAAUCCUGAAUGUCCUUGCAAAUUUUGAUUGAUUGAUCGUAUAACUUGUCAUGCAUAAUUUACACCUAUUAUUUAUUUAGUUAAAACUGUUAAUAUUUAAACUUUAUCAUGAACUUUUUCUUUGUUAGAGAAAUAAUUUCCUUUGACGAAAUACAAUUCCUUCCAAUCGUUGAUCGACGUGCAAUGCUCAAAGAUUUUUCUCAUGCUCGUCGGUGCGACCUCAGAUCAAUAUGAUGACUACUUGUCAUUGAUUAGAUACUUUAAAAAUCUCAACGAUCGGUAAAACGUAUUGAUUUCUGACAUCCUGAAAAGAAUGAGGCUCGUGUUUGAGAGCAACAAUCGACACCUUAAUGAGGGUAUUGUGCCAGCGACAUAAAAUUAUCUUGUACAAACAAACAUAUUUCUUAAAUCACCGCCUAGGUCGUGAUUUUUCAAUGCUAACUAUAAUAAAUUUUAAUAAAUCCACAACACACUAUAAAAUAUACAAUAUUUCAAUCGAUCUUAUAUCGAUUAACGUGUGGCAAGGAGAGCAUAUAUCAGCCAGACGUGAGAUCAAAAGAGAAAAGGGAGAUACGCAUUUUUCUUUUUUUUCCUUUUUAAUUUUCAGAAAACGAUUUUUUAACACACGAGCAUACCCGUUUGCGUUUGGUUCGCGCCCGAAAAGAAAAGGAGGGAAAGAAAGAAAGAGAGAAAUACGAUGUAUCAUUGCUCUCGAAAAUAUCGCGCUCAUGUGUCCUUUGUUUUCUUUCUUCCUUUUUGUGUUUUCGCCUCACAGUGUGCAAUUUACGCAUACGAUCGCAAAGUUAGACGCGAAGAUAUUUUUUUAUUAUAUUUUUUUACGCAUUAUAUUAUGUACGCGCUUCUAGCGCAAUUUGUUACAUAGUUUUUUUUUAUAGGACACGAUGCGUCAUUUAUUAAUCGUCACCGAUUAUCUAUUUUAUCCCUUUUCACGUUGUAGCUCUGUUGCAUGUAUAUUUAUUUAUGACGAUCAAAUGUAAGACGCUAUUUAUUCACCAUGCAUUCUUCUUCGAAAGUUCCACAAGAACGAUUUUUAGACGAUUUUUCAUCAGUUCAUCUUCUCUGUGUUUAUUAUUAUUCUAAUAUUUAUGUAUAUAUACGCUAUUAUACCAUGAUUAUUAAUUACUUAUUUUUUUGUAUUUAUAAGUCUCGUAUCGUUUUAAUCUCACCACGUAUAGAUAAUGAGAGUUAUGCGUAUAAAAUACUCAUGGUUGAUGAAGCGGCGUGCCAUGUUUUGUACCGAUAUUAAAAAAGAAAAAAAAGGAAAAAGAAAUACGAUCGAAUUUUACGGAUGUAAGAAGAGAAAAGGGAGAGAUUUCCUUUCUGAUACGCGUCGCAUGCACAUUCGACGAAUCACGAGAUAAAGAUGUAAGAAAAUAUUUCGUUCAUUUUGUUUUGUGCGAGGCCGAGGAGCGACGCAUCUCAUUAUCAUUCUCACCCUUUGAGAGAGAGAAGACUCCUGACAGGAUUCGCGCGCGCGUGUGUGCUUUUUCCCCCUACUUUUUAAGUACCAGCAACUUUGAAUAAUUCUAUUAAUUUUAUAUUAUGUUAAGUGCAAAUACUUUUAAGAGAGGGAGCGAAAUAUAUUUAAAGAUGAAAAGUUCUUUCGACGGGGAUAAAGUAUCAUUUCUGUUAUACUGUAGAAGCACGUCUUUUUCAGAUAAAUUAUUGCUCAAAUGUAACAUUUGAAAAAUUAUAAUAACAUAUCGAGUUUUACUUUACAUAGAUACCCACACACAUACACAUACACGAACACGUUGGAAAUACGAAUAAAAAUAAUUAAAAUCUUUUAACACUUUAUAAAGGUAUAUCAGAGAUGCUGGUGUCUCUUUGUUAUUGUAUUUAUUUAUUUUUCUAUGUGUUCUUUGUUAUUGUAUUUUAAGUUGAUGGUACGUGAAAGUGUCAAGGGAAGAGAUUGAAAUUGAUAAACAAUCAGGAUGACAUGAUUGAUCGAGGAAGAUUAGCGGCGGCUGAAUUUUAGGUCGAUUGCGUGCAAUGAAGGCAUGUAUCCUGUAAAACGCAAAACUAAGAUUGUUUAUCUUUUCACCUAUCCGCUUUUGUGUGCAUUGAAGGGAGAUUUUAUCAAUUGCUGAUUCAUGCGAAAUGUGCAAUUAUUACGGCGUCCGUAGGAGAGAAGGUCCUUCGUCCCGGUCCUCGCACAUUAUCGAUUGUGAAGUGAAAAACCCUGGCAAACUGUAUGUCAGCAAUCUUUUUGAAUAACAAGAAGAGAAUAAUUUUAUUUCGAUAAAAUGAAAUAAAAACGUGAAAACAUGGAUAUUAAAAUAAGAAUCGAAAGUACAGAUGGUAGAAAUGUGUGGAUAAUGAUCUCAAAUUUUUCAAAUAUUUUUCUCGGGCAGAAGAGAAUAAUUUCUUAUUGUUUUUCACUCCACAAUUGUAACGCGACGCGCAGGAUAAGAAGCUGUAUAUACUCGUAUAUUGAAUAAGAUACAGGAAUCUGUAAUUGGUAUGAAGCUUAUAUAACGGCUGUGUUACCGUACGGAUUUUAUCUUCCAAAUGGUUUUAAGUUACUUUUUUUUGGACGAACAUAUUAAAAGAUAAUAAAAAAAAAAAAGAAAAAAGAUAUAGUGCAAGAUUGCGCCGAAAGACUUUCGAUACCUCUUCCAACGAAGAUCGUUUCUCAGAGAAGAAUGUCGCAGCGCGGUUCACUUGCGAUCGAUGAACUUUUGGAGGUACACUAACAAAAAUUUUAAAUAAUUAAAAAUAAAUUAAAAAUAAUAGAAAUACACAAAAGAAAGAAAUUGUAUUUUACCAGAAAGAAAAAUUCAUCUUGCAAUAUUUCUAACGUUUGUCAUUCUCUCGAUCUUUUUCUCAUGCGCGUAAGCAAAAAUCACAGAUAUACCGAAGAAAGUUUGUCGAUUUAAGGGAUUAACGAGCUGGCGAAUCUCCUUAUAAUCAGACAUUAAGUAUCUUCCAUGUAUUUUGCACACAUAUACACAUAUAUGCAAAACGACACAUGCAAAUAGACAGGACACACAUACACAUGUUUACACACAAAUGCACACGUUGGACUAGGAAGGUAAAAUAGUUUUUUGCCGCAAUCUCUCUCUUGUGUCUCGUAAAGGGAGUAAAAGAGAGCGAGAAUGAGAAAAACGAGAGAGUGCGUCGUAUAUGUGUGAGAGCGAAAGAAAGAGAGGAAGCGAGGAGGAGGCGUAGCUUGGCGAUACCGUUUCGUCCCAAUUCUUUAUUGUCAUAACUCGUUAUUUUCUUGUUAUUCUGCGCAAGAAAAAUCAAAUCAAAUGAAAUAUUGUUUAACGUGUCGGCGAUUUUACGGACUCGCCGCCGCUCUUAAAAUUCUCAUCGAUCGCGCAAACGGAACUUUUCCGUGCGGUUCCUCGGAGCGUAUUGCAACUCGAUCAUUGAUCAAUUACGAACGGAAGAUUGAUUAAUGAAUCGACACACAUGCCGAACCGGUUAAACGUUUCG